UGAGCCAUUUGUUUGGUUCUCCGGAGAGGAGCGCGAGCGGCAGACCUGGAUGGACCUUCUGGAACCUUCGGAGAUGAUAGAGGAGCUGAACCCAGACCAAGUCCACUAAAGUCUGCUGAGUCCGCAUCAAGAGGGGGCUACCGAGGACCGAGAGGAGCGGCUCAGACCGGGUCUUUGUUCAGCAUCCUGUGCGUUUGGCGUCCAGAGAUCACCAUGCCGAUCGACAUGGCGUUACCUCUCUACCUGUCCAAAGACGACUUUGUCUACAGGACGUCCCCUAACUCGUGUAAACCCACUCUGAGCUCCUGUCUGAGGUUUCAGCGGCCUCGCCGCGUGGAUCAGGCCGAGCCCGAGGACGGUCGGCCGUCCGGCAGAGACUCCAGGAAACAGAAGAAGCAGGUGACGUUCGCCGACCACAGAGGCCUGUCGCUGACCAAGGUGAAGAUCUUCUCUCAGUUCAACGACCCCAUCGACAUCCCCGUCAGCAUCCAGGAGAUGUUCAGCUCGUCUCUGUGUCUGAGCCCCGAGGAGGACAAGCUGGUUCUGGACUUCACGCAGCCGUCCUCGGACUACCUGCGCUUCCGCCAGCACCUGGAGCAGAACCUGGUGUGCCUGGAGCACUGCGUGCUGAAGGAGAAGGCGUUGGCGGGAACCGUGAAGGUGAAGAACGUUUCCUUUGAGAAGAGCGUGAAGCUGAGGGUGACCUUUGACACCUGGAAGAGCCACACGGACGUGGACUGCGCGUACGUGAAGGACACGUACCCCGGCUCGCACUACGACACCUUCUCCUUCACCGUGUCUCUGCCGGACCAGCUCGGCCCCGUGGAGCGCGUCGAGUUCGCCAUCUGCUACCGGGUGGGAGGGGCGGAGUACUGGGACAGCAACCAGGGGGACAACUACCGGAUCGUGUGGUCGUCCAUGAAGAGGGAGCACUGGGACCCCUGCAGCCGCCGCAAGGACUCCUUUGACCUUGGGAUUCACUUCGACCGCUACGGCAGUCCCACAUGCUCACAUGGGAUCUUCCCUGAUUGGCCGAGUUACGCAGGUUACGAGAACAGCGGCCCGUACUACUGAGCAUGUCAAGAAGUAGACGCACUUUUGGUUUUUAAUGACUGCUGCUCGAACAAACUUCAGACUUUAGCAGCGUUUACCGUCCGUCCUGCUGAGAGGGAAACCAAAACUACUUCCUGUUUGUUAAAGGUUACCUGGUGUUACCUGCUGCUGAACAAUCAAUAAUCAAUAAUCACUCAUCUUUAACAGAUAAAGAUCAUCACUGCUCUCAGUUUCUGUAGAAAGUGUGAACAUGUCACUACUAACACUUUUAUGACAUUAUGCCGUUAAAGCGGUAGAAUCUGUUAUUCUAUUGGCCGAUGGAUAGAAACGUCUAAAACUAAUACAAAAAAAUAAAAGCCGCCUCUUAGUUCUUUAACACGUCUGUGAGGUCAAAGGUCAGCUAAAGGACAGCUGGGCCAAGGAUAGGUGGACUUUAUGUUUUCAUUUGUAAGAUUUCAUGUUUUCAACAGACAGAGCAUACAUUUAAAAAUAUGACAAAACUAAAAAUGAUUAAAAUCUGUAAAUAAUGUAGACCUCAGCAACGCUGCACUUUAAACAUGGGUGUAGGCCGAGCGGUCAGAGGAACUGUGAAAAUGUCAAAUAAUCAUUAAUCAAUAUGAGCCAAAAAGAUCAGGACAGCACCAGGAUAGUUUCAGCAGAAAUAAAUACUCAAAGUUUAAUUUAAUGUAAAAUGCUUUCUAAGCAGUAUUAAAUAUGCAGCAUCUGAUUUCCCGAUUUAAAGUCUGUGAGACUAAAACAUCUCAGAAAUGUUUACAGCUGUAUUUUAUCUUCAUCUACCGGCUUCACCCAACAAACAACUUUCUCUGUUAAAGAUCAGAGUUCAGCUUUACAUCCAGUCUGACACAGAUCUGAACCUUACAUAAGGAUCAGGUUAUGUCACUGAAAACCAACGUCAGUAUUGAUCCGCUCUGCACAGGAAUCAGAGCAGGUCUGAAAACAUACCUCUGAGCUGCUCAUCGUCUGAAAGGGAACGUUAGAACUGGAAAAUAGAACAUUAGAACUGGUAAUAGAACAUUACAACUGGAAAACAGAACAUUAGAACUGGAAAAUAGAACAUAUGAACUGGAAAAUAGAACAUUAGAACUGGUAAUAGAACAUUAGAACUGGUAAUAGAACAUUAGAACUGGUAAUAGAACAUUAGAACUGGUAAUAGAACAUUAGAACUGGAAAAUAGAACAUAUGAACUGGAAAAUAGAACAUUAGAACUGGUAACAGAACAUUAGAACUGGAAAACAGAACAUUAGAACUGGAAAACAGAACAUUAGAACUGGAAAAUAGAACAUUAGAACUGGUAAUAGAACAUUACAACUGGAAAACAGAACAUUAGAACUGGAAAAUAGAACAUUAGAACUGGUAAUAGAACAUUACAACUGGAAAACAGAACAUUAGAACUGGAAAAUAGAACAUAUGAACUGGAAAACAGAACAUUAGAACUGGAAAACAACAUUAGAACUGGAAAACAACAUUAGAACUGGAAAAUAGAACAUUACAACUGGAAAACAACAUAAGAACUGGAAAACAGAAUAUUAGAACUGGUAAUAGAACAUUACAACUGGAAAACAGAACAUUAGAACUGGCAAACAGAACAUUAGAACUGGCAAAUAGAACAUUAGAACUGGAAAACAACAUUAGAACUGGAAAACAACAUUAGAACUGGAAAACAACAUUAGAACUGGAAAACAACAUUAGAACUGGAAAAUAGAACAUAUGAACUGGAAAACAGAACAUUAGAACUGGAAAACAACAUUAGAACUGGAAAACAACAUUAGAACUGGAAAAUAGAACAUUACAACUGGAAAACAACAUAAGAACUGGAAAACAGAAUAUUAGAACUGGUAAUAGAACAUUACAACUGGAAAACAGAACAUUAGAACUGGCAAAUAGAACAUUAGAACUGGAAAACAACAUAAGAACUGGAAAACAGAAUAUUAGAACUGGUAAUAGAACAUUACAACUGGAAAACAGAACAUUAGAACUGGCAAAUAGAACAUUAGAAUUGGUAAUAGAAUAUUAGAACUGGAAAAUAGAAUAUUGGAACUGGAAAACAAAAUAUUAGAACUGGAAAGUAGAACAUUAGAACUGGAAAAUAGAACAUAUGAACUAGAAAACAGAACAUUAGAACUGGAAAACAACAUUAGAACUGGAAAACAACAUUAGAACUGGAAAAUAGAACAUAUGAACUAGAAAACAGAACAUUAGAACUGGAAAACAACAUUAGAACUGGAAAACAACAUUAGAACUGGAAAACAGAACAUAUGAACUAGAAAACAGAACAUUAGAACUGGAAAACAACAUUAGAACUGGAAAACAACAUUAGAACUGGAAAAUAGAACAUGAGAACUGGAAAACAGAACAUUAGAACUGGUAAUAGAACAUUACAACUGGAAAACAGAACAUUAGAACUGGAAAACAACAUUAGAACUGGAAAAUAGAACAUUACAACUGGAAAACAGAUUAUUAGAACUGGAAAAUAGAACAUUGGAACUGGAAAACAAAACAUUAGAACUGGAAAACAGAACAUUAGAACUGGAAAACAACAUUUGAACUGGAAAAAAGAACAUUAGAACUGGAAAAUAGAAUAUUGGAACUGGAAAACAAAACAUUAGAACUGGAAAAUAGAACAUUAGAACUGGAAAACAACAUUAGAACUGGAAAAUAGAACAUUAGAACUGGAAAACAGAACAUAUGAACUGGAAAAUAGAACAUUAGAACUGGAAAACAACAUUAGAACUGGAAAAUAGAACAUUAGAACUGGAAAAUAGAACAUUAGAACUGGAAAACAACAUUAGAACUGGAAUAUAGAACAUUAGAACUGGAAAACAGAACAUUAGAACUGGUAAUAGAACAUUACAACAGGAAAACAGAACAUUAGAACUGGAAAAUAGAACAUUAGAACUGGAAAACAGAACAUUAGAACUGGAAAACAGAACAUUAGAACUGGUAAUAGAACAUUACAACUGGAAAACAGAACAUUAGAACUUGAAAAUAGAACAUUAAAACUGGUAAUAGAAUAUUAGAACUGGAAAAUAGAAUAUUAGAACUGGAAAACAAAACAUUAGAACUGGAAAAUAGAACAUUAGAACUGGAAAACAGAACAUUAGAACUGGAAAACAGAACAUUAGAACUGGUAAUAGAACAUUACAACUGGAAAACAGAACAUUAGAACUGGAAAACAGAACAUUAGAACUGGAAAACAGAACAUUAGAACUGGUAAUAGAACAUUACAACAGGAAAACAGAACAUUAGAACUGGAAAAUAGAACAUUAGAACUGGAAAACAGAACAUUAGAACUGGAAAACAGAACAUUAGAACUGGUAAUAGAACAUUACAACAGGAAAACAGAACAUUAGAACUGGAAAAUAGAACAUUAGAACUGGAAAACAGAACAUUAGAACUGGAAAACAGAACAUUAGAACUGGUAAUAGAACAUUACAACUGGAAAACAGAACAUUAGAACUUGAAAAUAGAACAUUAAAACUGGUAAUAGAAUAUUACAACUGGAAAAUAGAAUAUUAGAACUGGAAAACAAAACAUUAGAACUGGAAAAUAGAACAUUAGAACUGGUAAUAGAAUAUUACAACUGGAAAAUAGAAUAUUAGAACUGGAAAACAAAACAUUAGAACUGGAAAACAGAACAUUAGAACUGGUAAUAGAACAUUACAACUGGAAAACAGAACAUUAGAACUUGAAAACAGAACAUUAGAACUGGUAAUAGAAUAUUAGAACUGAAGGUUAGGACAUCAGCUUAGAAAGUUGUGAGAUCAGAGCAUAAAGUUAGGACAUUAGAACAGAAAGUUAGAACAUCAGAGAAGAAAGUUAGGACCUCGGAGCAUAAAGUUAGGGCUUUAGAAGAGAGAGUUAAAACUGGAAACGGUUCUGCUUUUGAAAGAAUGAGUCAAAAUCUCCCUAGCCGACUAAUCAGAAUCAGGGAGGGUCUGGACUUAUGACUCUAACUUUAAUCCACAACAUUAGAGGACAGACGGUCGUGUCUUCAGGUGCUGCCGCUGCCAGUUUGUUGUUUUCUGAGUGGGAUUUCCUUAAAGAAAAAUAUAAACGUAGCUGUGAAAAUCAGCCCUGUUAUUACAGCACCACUAGUCCUCCUCACCUGUCCACAUCCAGGUGUGUCAUCACACAGAAAAAGCUGCUCUAAAACCAUAACUAUAUUUCUCAUCACCUCCACUGACCACUGGACAUCACGCUGAUAUUUUAAAGUCAGAUUUUAGUGUCUAGACGUGACCUCUGCAUCUAUCAUUGAUCAAACCAACUAUCCCCACUGAGAGGAGAAUAAAAACAUGAACAAAAACUGUCACUAGAAACUCUAACGUCUGGAUCCAUAACUAGAGGAUUUUAUUGUCACAGAUCUUUGUUUUUUAUGUCUUUGCCUUAAAUCUCCCCCGCCCCUCCUCCUGAUGACAUGUUCACACUUUUCUACUACAGUUUUUCUCUGAUUUUCUUUGACAGCUGAGCAGGACUUUACAUGUGAUCAUUAGAAACAGCAUAGAGAUUUUAACUGUGUAUAAUCAUAAGGUGUAAUCAGUGUUAUUUUUAAGUGUAUAGUACUGAGUCUUUAUUUCUCACUGUCCGUCUCAUUUCAAGAGUUCUCCUUCACUGCACGCUGGGUGAACUUCUCUUUGCACAUUUUACUGUCAUAUUUGUACACUUUAGAUUCACACUAAUCCUCUCACAUCAUGGUGUAAAUGUGGAUUUAGAGGAAGGAUCCAUGUAUUUUAUGUUUUUAUGUCAUUUUGUUGUAAUGUUCAUAUCCAUGUUCUCCUGUCAGGGAUCAGUGUGUCUGAGUUUUUGUGAAGUCUUUACAGAAAUGCUGCUGAAUAAAGUCCAACAUUUUAAA